UGAACAGAAAAAAAAAUAUACAACUAAGUCCGGCCCUACUUAAGUAUCGGAGUCAAAUCUCGGCCGCCGAUCUACCCCAGAUUUUCGUCACGUGGGUACGACAGAAAUUUGUUCCUGGACGUCAUCGCACCGCGGGGAUUCCAAUUCUCCAUCCUAUCUUCCAUCUAGACACUCAAUUGAUCAUCAGGAGAAUAGACGUGGAUGGUUCAUCCCAUAUUGUUGCCGCAUUUAUCUUAUUUCCUUCCGUGGACCUUUCUCUCUCCUCUCUCCCUCCCUCCCAUGUUGUCCUAGCGCGAGCAUUCUAGUGGGAUUAACUGGAACGUCUGUCGGAAUCGCAUCGCAUAGAGCUCUACUAUCCUCGCAAUCCCACAAUGUUCCCCCCGCAGGCGGGCAAUAUUGACAUUGAAGCCCUCAGUGGUAUCUGUGGUUCCAUCUCCAUUGCCUGCUGGGUCGUCGUCUUCUCCCCACAGAUCAUCGAAAACUUCCGCCGCAGCUCCGCAGAUGGACUAUCGGUGCUCUUCGUCGUCGUCUGGCUCGCCGGAGAUGUAUUCAAUAUUCUAGGCGCAGUGCUGCAGGGCGUCCUGCCUACGAUGACCAUCCUCGCCGUAUAUUAUACACUGGCGGAUAUCGUACUGCUUGGGCAGUGCUUCUACUACCGUGGUUUUACGUUAUCUGAUAAUAUCCCCGUGAAGGAUCACCAGAGAGAUCGAGAGAACGCAACGCCGACGGAGCGAUCAGCGCUGCUGGGAAAUAACCUUGAGAACGGUAAUGGCCGUGCGAAUGGACGCCAUGAGGAUACAUCUUCACUAUUGCACCCGCAAGUGCAGCGCCGGCUCUCUACCACCGACGCAGCUCAUCUAUCCCCCGCGACCCCCUUCAUCGAACCAUCUCCAUCUCAGGCUCCAUCCAAAAAGCCUUCUACUCUCCAAGCAUUUUUCUUCAACAGCUCUGCCAUAGUCCUCGUCUGCGCUGCCGGUAUUCUCGGAUGGUACGUCAGCUCCCGUUCGACUAGUCAGCAUACCAAGAAGCACAAGGGCCAUGCAUCCCACGAGCCCUUGACGUUCGAUACUCUGGGCCAGGUAUUCGGAUACCUCUGCGCAGCCCUCUACCUUGGUUCGCGCCUUCCCCAACUGCUGCUGAACUUCCGUCGGAAGUCCACUGAGGGAGUGUCUAUGCUAUUUUUCCUAUUCGCCUGCAUUGGAAACUUGACCUACGUGCUCUCGAUCUUCGCAUACUCGCCUCCCUGCGAGCAUGGAAAACACCAUUGCGAACCUGGAGAGGCAGCUUCCCUCUACGGUAAAUAUAUCCUGGUCAAUCUAUCCUGGUUGCUCGGUAGUCUUGGAACCUUACUACUAGACUUGGGCAUCUUCGUGCAGUUCUUCCUCUAUAGAAAGAACGGAGAUCAACAUGUGGUAGCCUGACCGCUGUUUUCACAAGGGGGUCUCAAUGAGUCAUUGAGAGAAAAGGAAAACCAUGUUCAUAAUAGACGGUGGAUGUGAUGGUUAAUGUUUCGAUCUUACUUGAAAUCUCGGGGAUAUAAAGAAGCUAUCUAUACGGGCUCAAGGCGUUUACGUGGCGAUGAUAAUCAGGAUCAUCUAUACUGUUAUUACUGGAGUUGGAUAUGGAUAUGGUGCUUUCACUAGCUAAGAUUUGUAUUUUUU